AUAUCACUCCAACUUGCAGCGCAGCAAGUCACUUUUUAUAGGAAAAUCAGGAUCUGAAAUAAAACCUGUUAUCCAUUUAUAUCCCAACUGGGCCACCGUAUUCAUGUAUGAACCAGUCACACUGGCAUGUAACGUGACUCGUGUGGUGGAAAGAAAUCUGAAUUAUUCUUGGUACAAAAACAACCGAAGGAUUGCUCAAGAGAAGACCUUGGAAAUCAUGGCAGCCAAGUUAAAAGACAGUGGGAAUUACCAGUGCCGGGCCGGUACCAGUGAUAAAAGUGACUCCGUUAGACUGAUCGUUAGUAAAGGAAAGGUUAUCUUGCAGGUACCCCCAAGAAUUAAUAAAGGGGAUACCCUGCUUCUGAGAUGUCACAGCCGGCCCAAAGAUAAUGCAAGAAACGCUCUGUUCUACAAGGGCAACAUGUCUGUACAACACUUGGGUGCGGAUUCUGUUCUGCGUCUUGAAGAAGUAGAUGGAGAUGCAACUGGCUCAUACCGAUGCUCAAUAAUGAUUGGUCUCCAAAUCUAUCUGUCUAAUGAAGAAUUCAUUUCUGUCACAGAAGAGAGACUCAAACCCCUGAUCUCCCUCUCACCACAGUGGGGCACAAUACUCACGGAUGACUUUGUCAUUUUAACCUGCAAUGCGGCUUCUGCAGCUAGAGGGACAAGGACAUAUUCCUGGUACAAAAAUGGCAACUGGAUAAGUGGAAAUCAGCAAAGUCUGGAAAUAGAGAAUGCGGAAGUGACAGACAGGGGGGAUUACCAGUGCCAGGCCGGUGCCAGCCAGAGAAGUGCCCCGGUUACCCUGGAUGUGAGGAAUGAUUUCGUUAUUCUACAAGCGCCCCCUUCUGUCUAUGAAGGAGACUCCCUGACUUUGAAUUGUUACAGCCUCCCUGGAUAUAACGGAAGAAAUACGGUAUUUUACAGAGACAAUUCUACAUUGGAAACACAACCUACAGACUCGUAUUUACGGAUAGGGACGGUGAACUGGAAUACAUCGGGCACGUAUAGAUGCGCCAAAGAAGUGAAUUAUUACGAUUAUUUUUAUCAUUCUUAUGGCUUUUAUACCCAUAGUGCCGAAGUCAUUAUUUCAGUUUCAGAGCUUUUCACUCUCCCACAAAUAACAGUGAGUUCAGAUCUGGUGAUAGAAGGAGAUCACAUGACCAUAACAUGUGACACAGAGCUCCGCCCACACAGAGAGACUACAGAGCUGCAGUUUGCUUUCUACAGAAAUGGGCACCAUGUGCAGGGAUUCAGUUUAUCCAACCAAUAUGGAGUCCCCUCAGCUCAGCUGGAGGAUUCUGGGAAUUAUACCUGUGAGGUACAAACUCCAACCGGCAGUGUGAGGAAGAGGAGCAAUAUAGUAGUUAUUCAGAUACAGAGGAGACACUGGGUGCAACUGGUACCAAGACUCACCUGGGCAUUCCUAGGCACAACUGUAAUGGUGGUUAUUGUAAUGGCGGCUGUUAUUGUUACACUGAAGUUCAGGCACAAAAUCUUUUCAUUCCCAGCCACUAUUAACCCUUCCCUGCCAAACACAGGUAGUGAAAUUUCUGCAUCAGUACAGCCUCGCCAGGGAGCGACACAGACAUUGCAAAUUAUCGAAGUUCAUGCAGAGAACCCAUUGGGAGCAGAUCCCAGACUCCCCCCUGGAGAAGACAUCAUGUACGCCUACAUCGAUUUCAGCUUUGCAAGGAAAGUCGAUCGAGGAAAUACCACAGUGAAUGAGAAAGACUCAGUUAUAUACUCCGGGGUUAGAAGAAAUGAAGCUCAGGGGGCCCCUAAUGAAGAAACACCCGAUAUUGAAGACUUCUAUCUGAGAGCUUGAGGUCAAUGAGUGGAUUGUCAGCUGAAUAUCUAACGGAUCCAACCAAUGUUACAACCUGGAGCUUCAACUGUGGAUCAUAUGGAUCAUGAUUGUGUAGCAUCAAGAUGGCAGACCUCUUAAUUCCCAUAAUGCACCACUUUCCCCAUCAAUACAAUUCCUUGCAUUUUGAGACAUUCACGUUGGGAUGUAAAAGUAACCAGAAGCAUUAACAUUUUUAUACUCAAACUGAAUUGCAAGUGAGAGCAGGCAAGCUCUAUGGGACCCUUGUCCAUAGAGAUUACCACCCAGUAUAUGUGCCGAAACAUUGGUUUCUUGUCCCUGCCCCUAGUAACGCCCCCUUGUUUGCAAAUGUGAUGCCAAUAAAGCUUGACUUGACCUGUGAA